GCGUGCGCCUGCGCACGACAGGCCGGAGGAGUCUUACCCUAAUGUAAGAUGGUGGCCCGUCUGGCUGUAGAACCCACCGAAAGCUGAGAGUCUCUCUCUCAGCCGUAAAGGUCGGACUCGCUGAAGCAAUCAGGCCCGGUUGUGAAGAGUUUUUUCCCCGACCCGCGUUCAGUGGUAUCUGACAAGGACGAGGCGGCGCGCGGAGUCGGCUACGGGAAAAGCGAGGCACGGCUGGCGGGUCUUCAGAGUCUACGUUUUAGCUGUCAGUGCUGAACUUCCUUCUCCCUUAAAUUAUUAUAAACUUUUGCUGCUGUUUAAUAAACGUGAAGAUGUCUCGCAGUCCAGAUGCGAAGGAAGACCCUGUGGAAUGCCCUCUUUGCAUGGAGCCCUUGGAGAUAGAUGACAUCAACUUUUUCCCUUGCACCUGUGGCUACCAGAUUUGCCGAUUUUGUUGGCAUCGAAUUCGCACUGAUGAAAAUGGGCUUUGUCCUGCAUGUAGAAAGCCAUAUCCAGAAGACCCAGCAGUAUAUAAACCACUCUCCCAGGAAGAACUGCAAAGGAUAAAGAAUGAGAAAAAACAGAAACAAAAUGAGAGAAAACAGAAAAUAUCAGAAAAUCGCAAACAUUUGGCUAGUGUACGUGUUGUACAAAAAAACCUCGUCUUUGUUGUAGGUCUGUCUCAGCGCCUAGCAGACCCAGAGGUUUUAAAACGACCAGAAUAUUUUGGGAAGUUUGGUAAAAUCCAUAAAGUUGUCAUCAAUAAUAGCACAUCAUACGCAGGCUCACAGGGUCCAAGUGCCAGUGCUUAUGUAACCUAUAUCCGGUCAGAAGAUGCUCUCAGAGCCAUACAGUGUGUCAACAACGUGGUGGUAGAUGGCAGAACACUUAAGGCAUCUCUAGGUACAACAAAAUAUUGCAGUUACUUCUUAAAGAAUAUGCAGUGCCCAAAGCCCGACUGCAUGUAUCUACAUGAAUUGGGGGAUGAGGCGGCCAGCUUCACAAAAGAGGAAAUGCAGGCAGGUAAACACCAAGAAUAUGAACAGAAGCUGCUGCAAGAAUUAUAUAAAUUAAAUCCCAAUUUUCUUCAGCUGUCCACGGGUUCAGUUGACAAGAAUAAGAACAAAGUGACACCACUGCAGAGGUACGACACCCCCAUUGACAAACCUUCAGAUUCUCUCAGUAUAGGGAAUGGUGAUAAUUCACAGCAGAUAUCUAACAGUGAUACGCCUUCACCACCACCUGGUUUAUCAAAAGCCAACCCAGUCAUCCCCAUCAGUUCGUCCAAUCACAGUGCACGGUCUCCUUUUGAAGGGGCAGUAACAGAGUCACAGUCGUUAUUCUCAGACAACUUUCGUCACCCCAACCCCAUCCCAAGUGGGCUUCCUCCUUUCCCCAGCUCCCCGCAGACAUCCAGUGACUGGCCGACAGCACCUGAACCACAGAGUCUCUUUACAUCAGAAACAAUUCCAGUUUCAUCCUCUACAGACUGGCAAGCAGCGUUUGGCUUCGGUUCUUCUAAACAGCCGGAAGAUGACUUGGGCUUUGAUCCCUUUGAUGUCACGCGAAAAGCCUUAGCAGAUCUGAUCGAGAAGGAGCUGUCAGUUCAAGACCAAGCUCCGCGCUCACCCACAGCACGCCAGAACUCCUCCUCACACACUACAGCUGCCAAAGGUCCAGGCUCGGGCUUCCUGCAUCCUGCUGCAUCUGCAAAUGCCAACUCUCUCAAUAGUACCUUUUCAGUCUUGCCACAGAGGUUCCCUCAAUUUCAGCAGCACCGAGCAGUUUAUAAUUCGUUCAGUUAUCCAGGCCAGGCCACCCGCUAUCCUUGGAUGGCCUUUCCACGCAAUAGCGUCAUGCACUUGAACCACACAGCAAACCCCACCUCAAAUAGUAAUUUCUUGGACUUGAAUCUUCCGCCACAGCACAACACAGGUCUGGGAGGGAUCCCUAUAGCAGACAACAGCAAUUCUGUAGAGAGUUUAAAUAUGAAGGAAUGGCAGGACGGGCUAAGGGCACUUCUACCCAACAUUAACAUCAACUUUGGUGGACUGCCCCAUUCUUCCUCCCCCUCCAACGCCAGCCACAGUGUACCAACGUCCAACACUGCCACCACGGACGGCCUGAGUUGGGACAGCCCUGGCAGCUGGACAGACCCAGCCAUCAUCACAGGUAUUCCAGCAUCUUCAGGAAACAGUUUAGACUCUCUUCAAGAUGACAAUCCUCCGCACUGGCUCAAAUCCCUCCAGGCCCUCACAGAGAUGGACGGCCCCAGCGCUGCCCCCCCCCAGCCCCACCACAGCGCCCCCUUCAGUACACAGAUCCCGCUGCACAGAGCCAGCUGGAACCCCUACCCUCCUCCUUCAAAUCCUUCCAGCUUCCACUCCCCACCCCCAGGCUUCCAGACGGCCUUCAGACCCCCCAGCAAGACCCCCACAGAUCUACUACAGAGCUCGACACUGGACCGCCACUAGGGAAGCGCAGGCGCCGGUAGCAGAGGCAGGAUUUGGCCGCCCCGUUUCUCCCUCUCAGCCCGCCCACAGCUCCCCACCAUCUCUUAAGUUCUGAAGAAUCCGGUUCCGAUCAGUUUACCUUCUCCCCACCCCAUGCAGUGCGAUCACAGGGUCAUUGCCAUCUCUUCUUUCAUUAUUAUUGUAAACAUUUCUGUUUAUCCAGCAUUUGAGUGACACUGUGGAAUGUUUCCUGAAAUGCCUUUUUAAGGAGGGGGAAAAAAAAAGAAAGAAAUCAAAGGUAGUCUCGAUACUUUAGAAAAUUACCGUUUGUCUGUUGCGCAUAAUAAUGACGUAAUCUGUUUAGCAGAAAAUGACGAUUAAUCUCUAGGGAAGGUCACGUCUUGCGUACCCAGCUGCAGAAGUUUGACAACCGGGUGGAUCCACUGAGAUUGCCCAGUGCACGGGGGGAGCUGCGGCCCGGGCCAUGGGCGCUCAGCCUGUCACUACUGCAGGGAAAACGCUUUGCAUCUCAUUUAAUUUGUAAUCCUGUUGGCAAGUUGAUGGGGAGGACUUGAUUGUGUCGCUGAGCAAAAGAAUUUAUUGGAAGUUGAUGGAAGGACGAAUUGGUCCGUAGCAGUAAAUGGCCUGUCGCUAAAGCGUUUCUGUGAGGGGGAAGUGAUUUUUCUUUUUUUUUAAGGAGAAAAAAAAUUUGGGCUUUAGAUUUAAAGUAAAUUCAAAUGUUUUAAAGAAAAAAGUAUUCACAGAUUUAAUACCGACACCUAAGAUCAGAGCUGAACUAUGAGUGAUUUCUUCAGUCUUUGUCCUGUCAGAGCCUUUGUUUUCUUUGACAUUAAGUUCACCUGAGAGGGCACUGUGGCAAGCCCUGCUCUGGGGCCUUCACCACCGGGAGCAAAUCUCUGACCUCCACCUGCAGCUUUUACUUAACCCUGUAGUUCCUGGACGUUCGUGCAGUAUUGACAAGACAGGAGAAAGAGAGCUGGAACCUGGUUAUAACCUGACGCUAAAACUAAAAACAAGGAAAUGUACCUCUUUCUUCAGAAUUAAAACUAAAAUCUUAAAUAAAACACAAAACCUUGAUGACGAC